GGUGCUUUUUUUUUUUUAUCCGCUCAUGCAGUAUUUUUUUUAUUUUCUGCCCUUACUAUCAACGUAAUGUGUGUGCCCUUGGCAUGCCCUUGGUGGCUCAAAAGUGGGCUCUGCAAAGAGAAUCAAGACAAGGCAAGGAAAGGCAAGGCUCCCCCAAAGAAUGGAACGGUUAAAAAGAUUCCAGACUCUGCCGAUCCCCGUGCAUGGAUGUUGGGCCCAUCCGUCAUCCGCCCAAGUUUUCUACUGUGCAGGAAAUAUUACUACGUGGCUACUUAUCCGAUGGCAGCCACGGCGCCAUGA